GAUCUGACGAACUUUUCGCUACUUGUGUUACCAACGGACCACCUCUUAUCAUGAGCAACAACCCAUCUUCAGCUAAUGGAAAUGACAGCAAGAAAUUUAAGGGUGACAACAGAAACACAGGGAUCCCUUCCCGUGUAAUCCAUGUUCGAAAACUUCCCAGUGAUGUCACAGAAGCAGAAGUUAUUUCCUUGGGAUUACCUUUCGGCAAGGUCACCAACCUUCUUAUGCUGAAAGGCAAAAGUCAGGCUUUCAUAGAAAUGAACACAGAGGAAGCAGCAAACACUAUGCUAAGUUAUUACGCCACAGUGCCUCCAGUUCUUAGAAGCCAGCCCAUCUACAUUCAGUUUUCCAACCACAAGGAACUCAGAACUGAGAACUCUCCAAAUCAAGCACUUGCCCAGGCAGCUCUGCAGGCAGUAAAUUCUGUUCAAUCUGGAAACCUGGCACUUCCUGCCUCUACCUCAUCAAUGGAUGCUGGAAUGGUUAUGGUUGGGCAGAGCCCUGUUUUAAGGAUCAUUGUGGAAAAUCUCUUCUACCCAGUCACACUGGAUGUCCUCCAUCAGAUUUUCUCCAAGUUUGGCACUGUGCUAAAAAUUAUUACAUUCACCAAGAACAAUCAGUUCCAGGCUCUGUUACAGUAUGCUGAUCCUUUGAGUGCCCAGCAUGCCAAAUUGUCUUUGGAUGGGCAGAAUAUCUACAAUGCCUGCUGUACCCUCCGCAUUGAUUUCUCCAAACUCACGAGCCUCAAUGUGAAAUACAACAAUGAUAAAAGUCGAGAUUAUACCCGACCAGAUCUACCCUCUGGAGAUAGUCAACCGUCUAUUGACCAGGCUAUGGCAGCAGCAUUUGGUGCUCCUGGAAUAAUUUCUGCCUCUCCAUAUGCAGGAGCUGGUUUCCCUCCCACUUUUGCAAUUCCUCAAGCUGCAGGCCUGUCAGUUCCAAAUGUUCAUGGAGCACUUGCUCCUCUGGCUCUUCCAUCAGCAGCUGCGGCAGCGGCUGCAGCAGGGCGAAUUGCCGUUCCUGGUCUCUCAGGAGCUGGAAAUUCUGUCCUGCUUGUGAGCAAUUUGAAUCCCGAGAGAGUUACACCCCAGUGCCUCUUUAUUCUUUUCGGAGUGUAUGGAGAUGUACAAAGAGUGAAGAUCUUAUUUAACAAGAAGGAAAAUGCCUUGGUUCAAAUGACAGAUGGAAACCAAUCCCAACUUGCAAUGAGCCAUCUAAAUGGGCAGAAGCUUCAUGGAAAGCCAGUUCGCAUCACCCUGUCCAAGCAUCAGACGGUACAACUUCCCCGAGAAGGCCAGGAGGACCAAGGCUUAACCAAAGAUUAUGGAAAUUCACCACUUCAUCGCUUUAAGAAGCCAGGCUCCAAAAAUUUUCAAAACAUCUUCCCUCCAUCUGCUACCCUACACCUUUCAAACAUCCCACCAUCAAUAACUGAAGAUGACUUAAAGAUGACCUACUUUGGCCACCUCAUGUUUGCUUGUUGUUUGAAUUCAAAUGAAAGGGCCAACUGGGUUAACCAACACACCUCUCCCAAUGCUUUCAAAAAUAACUACUGCCUAAUUCCCACCUGA